AUGGCCGAAGCUGCUCCCGGUGAGGUGAAAAAGGUCGUUGUUGGCGGCCCUAAGCCUGCCAAGAAAGAUAAGAAAUCCAAAGCUGCCGCAGCCGAUGCUGCCACCGGCCCUAUCGAGUUGAAUCCGCCUCCCGAUUUCCUCAAAACACGUCUAGAGUUAUUCGAUCGCCUCAAGGCAAAAUACGACGAGGAAAUCGCUAAGAAGCCCCGUGAGAAUAUUACCAUCACUCUACCUGAUGGAUCCGUAAAGGUCGGCACUAGUUGGGAGACUACCCCGGGCGAUAUUGCCAAGGGUGUUUCUAAUAGCUUGUACAAACGUUCUAUCGUUGCUCGCCUGGACGGGGACAAGGAGAAGCUAUGGGAUCUAGACCGACCGCUUGAACAGAGCUGUAAACUUGAGCUGCUCACAUUCGAUGAUGAGCAAGGAAGGACCGUCUUCUGGCACAGCUCUGCCCACAUCCUCGGAGAGGCCUGCGAGAGGCGAUUUGGCUGCUCCCUCUGCAUUGGUCCUCCGAUAGAUGAUGGAUUUUACUAUGAGAUGGCUCUACCCGGUGGUGCUGCUGUCCAGCAGACCGACUGGGCACCCUUAGAGCGCAUCGUUACUGAUAUCGUCAAGGAUCGCCAGAGAUUCGAACGCCUUCAAAUCACCAAGCAGGAUCUCCUAGAUAUGUUCAGUUACAACAAGUACAAGCAACACAUCAUCUCCACCAAGAUCCCCGACGGCACCUCCACUACUGUCUAUCGAAAUGGCCCCCUGAUUGACUUGUGCCGUGGCCCACACGUUCCUGACACUGGACGUAUUGAAGCAUUCUCCAUCAUGAAGAACUCGGCAUCAUAUUGGUUGGGCUCGCAGGAAAACGAUUCUCUCCAGCGUAUUUACGGAGUAUCUUUCCCAGAUAAGAAAAAAAUGGCUGAGCACAAGAAAUUCCUCGAGGAGGCAGCCAAGAGAGAUCACCGGAAGCUUGGCAGAGAGCAGGAGCUCUUCAUGUUCCACGAACUCUCCCCGGGCUCGGCAUUUUUCUUGCCACACGGAACCAGAAUUUAUAAUACGCUCCUCACUUACCUCCGAGAUCAGUACCACAAACGUGACUACCAGGAAGUGAUUACCCCCAACAUAUUCAACUCGGAACUCUGGAAGAUAAGUGGCCACUGGGAAUAUUACCAGGAAGACAUGUUCGUCAUGGACUUGGAAAAGGAGAAAUGGGGUCUGAAGCCCAUGAACUGCCCUGCCCACUUCCUCAUGUUUGCCCAUGCUCCCAGGGUGUACAGCCAGCUACCUUUGCGACUUGCCGACUUUGGCGUUCUACAUCGAAACGAGGCCAGUGGAGCAUUAUCAGGUCUAACCCGUGUACGUCGAUUCCAGCAGGACGAUUCACACAUCUUCUGUCGACUCGACCAGGUCACGAGCGAGAUUUCGGACCUCUUCGAUUUUCUCUCAGAGAUGUAUGGCCUACUAGGGUUCACUUUUAAGCUUCAACUCUCCACCCGCCCCGAAAAGUUCAUGGGCCAGAAAGAAACGUGGGACAAAGCCGAAGACAUGCUAAAGGAGGCACUGAACGAGUUCGCUUCAGGCCCUGGCGGUGUAUCAUGGACGCUAAAUGAGGGCGACGGCGCUUUUUACGGACCCAAGAUCGACAUCAAGAUUUUGGACUGCUUGAACCGGGAAUGGCAAUGCGCUACAAUUCAGCUUGAUUUCAUGGGCCCUGAAAACUUUGGUCUCGAAUAUGUUACAAAUGAGCUGCCCGUCGCCAAGUCCAAACAAGAAGAAGCAGCAGCAGCCGCAGAAGCCGCGAAAGCAGCGGAGGCCAAUGCUAAGCAUGACCACUCAGCCCAUGCGCAUGCUGGAGACAGCAGCGCUCCACGGGAAAGGGUUAUCAAGCCUCUAAGUCCCGGCUGUGCUCGUCCGGUUAUUAUCCAUCGUGCCAUGGCCGGCUCCAUAGAGAGAUUCAUGGGAAUUCUUAUUGAACACUUCGCCGGCAAGUGGCCAUUCUGGCUAAGCCCGCGUCAGGUCAUAGUCAUCCCUGUGGGCAUGGGUUUCGUGCCAUACGCCCAGGAAGUCAAAGACGCGCUCAAGAAGCAACGGAUUUUCGUUGAUAUAGACACUACUGGAAACACGCUUCCUAAGAAGAUACGAAACGCGCAAUUGGCACAGUACAACUUCAUCUUCGUUGUUGGAGACGAGGAGAUGAAAGGCCGCCAGGUGAACGUACGAUAUCGAGAUGAUACGUCAACCCAAGACCGGGGAAAACCUGUUCUACUAGACGAAGUUGUCGAGAAGUUACAGAAGCUGCAGGCUGAUAGGGGUUCAUACAAUCCGCAGGCCAAGCGUGAGGCUCGAGCUUAG